AUGGCUACUCAUAACAUUGUUGUGUUCGGUGGUGACCACUGCGGUCCUGAGGUUGUUGUUGAGGCCAUCAAGGUCCUCAAGUCGAUCGAGACCAACAGCCCUUCGGCUGGCAAGUUUAACCUCCAGAACCACCUCCUUGGCGGUGCCUCCAUUGACAAGCACCAUGACCCCCUCACCGAUGAGGCCCUCAACGCCGCUAAGGCUGCUGAUGCCGUCCUUCUCGGUGCCAUCGGCGGUCCCGAAUGGGGCACUUCCUCCACCGUCCGUCCCGAGCAGGGUCUCCUGAAGCUCCGCAAGGAGCUCGGCACCUAUGGCAACCUCCGCCCUUGCAACUUCGCUUCCGAGUCCCUCGUCGACAGCUCUCCCCUCAAGGCCGAGGUCUGCCGCGGUACCGACUUCAUUGUCGUCCGUGAGCUUACCGGCGGUAUCUACUUCGGCGAUCGCACCGAGGACGACGGCUCCGGCUACGCCUGCGACACCGAGCCCUACAGCCGCGCCGAGAUUGAGCGCAUCGCCAGACUCGCCGGCUUCCUCGCCCUGGCCAAGAACCCUCCCGCCAAGGUCUGGUCUUUGGACAAGGCCAACGUGCUUGCCACCUCCCGCCUCUGGCGCAAGACCGUGACCGACGUCAUCAGCAAGGAGUUCCCCCAGCUCCAGCUCGAGCACCAGCUCAUUGACAGCGCCGCCAUGUUGCUCGUCAAGAACCCCCGCGCCCUCAACGGCGUCGUCAUCACCAGCAACCUCUUUGGCGACAUCAUUUCCGACGAGGCUUCCGUCAUCCCCGGCUCCAUCGGCCUGCUCCCCUCCGCUUCCUUGGGCGGCAUUCCUGACGGCAAGGGCAAGUGCAACGGCAUCUACGAGCCCAUCCACGGCUCCGCUCCCGAUAUCAGCGGCAAGGGCAUUGUCAACCCCGUCGGCACCAUCCUCUCCGUCGCCAUGAUGCUCCGCUACUCGCUCAACCUCCCCAAGGAGGCCGACGCUGUCGAGGCCGCUGUCAAGGCUGCCAUCGACAACGGCACCAAGACCAAGGACCUUGGCGGCAGCGCUACCACUUCGGACAUGGGUAACGCUGUUGUUGCUGAGCUGGAGAAGAUCCUUAAGGCCUAG